GUGUUCAGGGUGGAGGUGCUGUGCAAUGGCCGGCGGCACACCGUGGCGAAGCGCUACAGCGAGUUCCAGGAGCUACACAAGCGGAUCAAGAAGACCUGCAAGGUCCCUGACUUCCCCCCCCGCCAUGUCCCCAACUGGAUGCCCAAAGUGCUGGAGCAGCGCCGACAGGGCCUGGAGCUUUAUAUCCAGGGUGUCCUGUACCACAAUGAGGAGCUACCCCAGGACGUGCUGGACUUCCUGAAGGUGCGGCAUUGCCAGCAAGACCCCAAGGCCAGCAGUCCCCUCGCUGGCUGCCUGACCUCCCAGCGCCCUGUCAUUGGCUUCUGCACUGACCCCUACGUGCGGCCACCAGGCACCGACCUGCUCCCUGACGCUGUCCUCAACGGGGUGCUGCAGGGCCUGUACCUCCCCCUAAGCUGCAUCCCCAGCCAGGCACUGUCCCAAGCCCCUGGCUUGCCAGGCUCCUGA